GCGCGCGCGACGGGCGUGUGAUGCGCGCGUAGUUUGGUCAUCGAGAAUGGAGUCCGCCGUGGACUCAGCGUCGACCGCGAGCGAGGUUAGCGGCUCCUCGGGGGGUUCGCCGAGGGUGAAGGCAGCGUCUCCAGCGAGGGCGCUGAGCCCGCCGCAGCUGCUGGCACCACGGAUGCCGUUGCCGCCGCCGGGGCUCGGCCUGCUGGGCUCCCUGCAGAUGAUGCACCACUCUCCACUCGACCUCAUGGCUGCAGCGCACCACCACGGCCACGCUCGCUACGGUAGUCCGCCGCCCAUCUCUACUUCUGAUCCAUCUGCGAAUGAGUGCAAGCUGGUCGACUACCGAGGUCAGAAGGUUGCCGCCUUCAUCAUCCAGGGUGACACGAUGCUCUGCUUGCCUCAGGCUUUCGAACUGUUUCUGAAACAUUUAGUCGGUGGACUGCACACAGUGUACACAAAACUAAAAAGACUGGACAUAGUGCCGCUGGUGUGCAAUGUGGAACAGGUGCGCAUCUUGCGUGGGCUCGGCGCCAUCCAGCCUGGUGUCAACCGCUGCAAGCUGCUCUCCUGCAAGGACUUCGACGUGCUCUACCGGGACUGCACCACGGCAAGGUGCCUGUCAAUGAAAGCGCCCGACAGCUCUAGACCGGGCCGACCACCGAAGCGCGCGUCCGGAGUGGGUCUGUCUCUGGCUGCCACACAGUUCCCGGGACACCCCUUCAAAAAGCAUCGGCUGGAGAACGGCGACUACUCACCCUAUGAAAAUGGACAUAUGAGCGAAAUGGCUCGCAUGGAAAAGUCCCCUCUCUUAGCCAAUGGCUACAACGCGCCGCCCACGCACCUGGGACCUAUGGGUUUCAUGCACCAGCAUGCUCUCAUGUCUCCGGGUAUGCCUCACCCUGGCGUGCCAAGACCUGACGGCUCCAUCAUCAAAGGGCAACCCAUGCACAACAUGGAGGCUCUUGCGAGAUCUGGUAUUUGGGAGAAUUGUAGAGCAGCAUACGAAGACAUCGUAAAACAUCUAGAAAGGUUGCGUGAUGAAAGAGGGGACAUGGAGCGGGUCAUGGCAAUGGACAAGGCUCGUGAAGGUUCACAUAAUGGUUCCUCACCAGGCCACAGUCCUGUCCUGAACCUGUCGAAGUCGGGGUCAGGGGAUCGCGACCGACCCGAGCGAGGGGACCGCGAGCGGGGGGAGCGGGGAGAAGGCUCCGCCAGCGGCCGCUCCUCGGCCGCCUCCCGCCGCACCCCGCAGCCCCCGCGGAUGCCCUCGCAGGCUACCGCAGCAGCGUCCCCUCGGUCACACUCAGACGAGAGUGACGCGCCGCUAUCUGAUCAAGAAGACCAUAAUGUCAAAGAUGAGGACGACGCAGCAGACCUGAGCGACGGGGAGCGCGAGCUGCCGACACAAGCAUCUCCGACGCCCGUCAGCUACGCGGCCACCAACGCGACGCCCCCACCAGUGCCGGUAGACCCCUCAGCGGACACCCUCGUCUCGUCCACUGAGACUCUCCUUCGCAACAUCCAGGGUCUGCUUAAAGUGGCUGCGGAUAACGCACGCCAACAGGAACGCCAGAUCAGUUAUGAGAAAGCCGAACUGAAAAUGGACGUGCUUCGGGAACGAGAAGUAAAAGACAACUUGGAGAGGCAACUCCUUGAUGAGCAGAAAAUGAGAGUGAUGUACCAGAAGCGGCUAAAGAAGGAGAGGAAGCAGCGGCAAGCGGUGCAGGAACAACUCGAGUCUGAGCUGAAGCGGCGGCAGAAGAUCGAGGAAGCGCUGAAACAGUCCGGCGCGCCCGCGGAGAUACUCAGGAUCGUCACUGAAAACCUGACGCCGUCGUCGCAAGAGCCGCCGAGGCAGGAGCGCGAGCGUGAGAAUGGGUCGGACAGCAAGCCGCCGAGUGCGGAGCCCCCGGCGACUUCGCCCCCGUUCUCGCGCGAGCCCCCACGCACGCCCGACAAGCCCCAGUGGAACUUCCCGCCGCCGCCUGUAGACAUCAUGAGCGGGCAAGCUGCUUUCUGGCAGAACUACUCUGAAUCACUGGCGCAAGAGUUGGAGAUGGAGCGCAAGUCCCGUCAGCAGGCGAUGGAGCGCGACGUGAAGUCCCCGUUGUCCGACCGCGCCAGCUACUACAAGAACUCCGUGCUCUUCUCCUCGGCCACUUAGCUGCCGCACCCCGGGGCGCACGACUACCCCGACACAGACAAAGACGAGGAGAGGAAACCCAUAAUCAGCGUCAAACCUGAGUUCAGGGAGAAGUAGGAUCCAAAGACACGACGAGUCAUCGCGACUCUUGUCAAACCGUCGUCUCAAUCGAUUCGUAAACUGUACAUUAAACGGUCAUCUUAUUGUACUCUUAAAGUUUCGUCGAGAUCUCGAUAAAUUAGAUUUCUAUUAUUGAGAUUAAAUUGUAAAUAUUGUUAUUGAAUUGAAGUAAGAUUAGAUUUCGUGGCGUUAAUGCGGAGUCCCAUACGCUCUUCUUCCAUAGUGAAAUUUGUAAAUAUUCCUUUAUAUUAUUAGAGUAAGUCUCUACAGUUUUAUCGACGAUUCACGUAAUUUAUUCGUCAACAUUUAACCUUUACGAAGAAGUACCUUUUAAACUUAUUGUUAAAUGCCAUAUUUACGUAUUAAGCAUCAAUUGUUUAUAAAAGAAACAAUGAGCAUUUUUGCUAAAUAUUAUUUUGUACCUACCUAUAAACAUAUCAAAGGUUCAAAUCUCAUGGAUUUUAGGAUGCAUUGAACAACUUGGAUUGCAAAAAAACUGUUGGAAUUGAUAGAAGACUGCUUUUUCAAAAAUGUUUUUUACAAAUCUCACUUUUUGCUGCUAGUCGAAUCAUCAACAAAAUGAUUUAGUUCCUAUGUCGAACGUUUGGUUAACAGUAAACCUUUUUAUCUGUGGUCAGUAAAUUGCAGAAACUAGUAGGUACCUUCAAGUCAUUGAACACUUGUAAAGUUAUUUAUGUUCAAUAGAAAUAUGUGAUCUUCACUAUCGUGUAAUUUAUUCAAUUUUAGUGCAAUGAUUAGAUGUAACUGAUACUAGUAUAUCCCUUAAAGCAUAAAGAUGUACGAUAGAUACUUUAAGUUAGUGGUUUUAAAUAAAAUACAUUUUUACAACUCUUUAUUGACUGAAUACGGAAGAGACAGUUGCGUACAAUGUAAUAACUUAAGAGUUUUCUUUACAUUUCAAAGUAGACGCUCUGUACAUAGUUAUAUUGCUGUAUCUCAUAUCCAUAAUGCAAGUCGAUGUAUAUGGGUAGAUGUAACAAUAAGUGCUGUAGUUUAACAUUAUACAUAAAAUAUAAAUGAUAGUGUUAUUUAUAUUGCUUAGUUUACGGGAAGACUUUGAAUGUCUAAAUAGUUGAAAUAAGGAUUAGUAUUGUAUUGGGAGUGUAUUGGCGCUUGGCUAUUGUAACGAAUAUAGACGUGACCCCACUGUCACUGCAACUUGACGUGUUUUAAGACAACCACAUAAACAACGAAUAGUCAAACGCCGACGAAACAAUCGCUUCAUACAAUUAAUUUCAUACAUAUUAUCUGUAAUGGGUAAUGCGACGUAAUGGAUAACUUAGUUGUUACUAUAAAUGUUUAGCUGAUCUUGUGUGACUGUGUAAAGGCGUGAAUGUGGAGUUUUGUAUCAGUUCGUUCCAUACAACCACGAAACUUUAGCAAUGACAAUACUGAUAGUAAAAUGUAUAGUUGAUCCUUUGGCACACAACAGUAUUGUCUUAGUAAGUAGUUUUUUUUCGUCUAUUAGAUGUUGAGGCUUCUCAAUGUACCUAUGUAUACAUAUACCUUGUUUAUCGUAUGCAAUUCUGAAAGCAAGUGUUAUUAUUUAUUAUUUCUAUUAUAAUUAUUAUUAAUUUUACUUAAAAUUGUGUGUGUGCCUUGUAUCGUAGAUGAAAAUAUCAAGAUUAAA